AUGGAUUACCGCUCUACGAUAGUCGAUGAUGAGCAUCCCGCAGGCGCUUCCCCUUGGGGAUCAUCAUCACCCGCGGCCUCACCGCGCCAUAACGAAUCUACCUUCAGCUCUAUAGGCAACGAACCACCGCCGUCCUUACCAUAUCAAUAUACAGCCAACGACUCGAGCAAUGGAUUCGCGCAUGAUGACCCAGGCGUUAACGCUUUCAGACGGCCAGACACAGCCAGUAGCACGGCUUCUACGUCAGCGUAUGAUCCCUCAGAGCAAUCAGCACCCUCGGAAGGACAACAGGAGCAGCCUACCGAAGCCGACGCGAAGCAACCUCAGCCUCAGCCUCAACCGAGCACACCGCCGAAAUCGCAACCCCAAGUAAGGUCAAGAGGCCCUCAGUACAAGUUGCAAGCAAAGAUCACAGGAUUGGAGCGCACGGGUCGCAAAGAUCCCAUCUUGAGAUUCGACGUACAUACAAAUAUCCCUAAGUUCCGAACUACCCAAUUCCGCGACGUCCGCCGUUUACAUUCCGAGUUUGUUAAACUCGCUGAACACCUCAUAUCUGCCAACCCCGAUGCCCUAGUCCCGGCUGUGCCGCCUUCGGUUACAUCGGCAGGCGCCGGAACCGACGAAGACGAGUCGAGGGUAAAAGCUCUCAUGCAGAGAUGGUUCAACUACGUGUGUAGUAAUGAGGUUCUUAUGAGAGAUGACGAAAUGGUUUUGUUUGUGGAAAGUGAUUUUGGGUAUAGUCCCAUGGUCAAGAAGAAGCAGCCAGCAACAGGUGUACGGAGGAAAGUAUUGAAGCAAUUUGCACCACCCCCCGACGACACGCCGGAGCUAGCAGAAGCACGACCAAUAGUGAAGCUAUUCUAUCUAGGCUCGAUGGAUGCGGGACACAAGGUUGACAAACUCGUCAAGUCCCGUAGAGGCCUAGGAUUGUCAGAGUCCGAUUUCGGCGUCAAAAUUGGCGCAAUGCACAUUCAGGAGCCGCAUCAAGGUCUAGCAAACGCAUAUCGGAAACUCGGCAAGAUCGUGCAGACGGUGGGUGACUAUCAUGCAGCCCAGGCGACUGCCGAAGCAACGACCCUUAGCGACCCGUUUCAGUAUCACUCGCAGGAUGCCUUCAUCGUCAAGGAAACGCUGACGAACAGGCAACUGCUCAUUCGCGAAUUCCUACAAGCUCAGGAGACCACGAGGACCAAGCUUAACGCUGCAGACAGGCUAAGAGCCAGCAACACCGUGCGACGGGACAAGGUAGACGAGGCCAUCACCGCUCUAGACGAAGCGAGAAAUGUCGAGCUAGAGCUAGCGCAGAAGACAACGAGAGUAACGCAAACGCUAGUGCAGGAGCGUCGUAAGUGGUUCGCGAGAACCGCCGCGGAUCUGCGCCUGAGCAUCCGCGAGUUCGUGACUCGCGAGAUCGAGGCGGAGCGGCGCACCCUCGCGCUCCUGGAGAGCGUUCGGCCCGAUAUCAGAGCCAUCGAUGCCUCAGGCGGCCUAAGCAGACUAGGGCGCGAAGCCCACCCAACAAUCCGCCGCGCCAGCCUUGCAGCAAGCCAGGGACCCAAGGGCGACUCUUGGAGCGGCGUGCCCCGGCGCACGGACAAUAGGAGUAUGUCGGGUAGCUUCAUGUCCAACGUGGCCGAGGACGACGACGGAGAGAACGCGCAGCACCCGGGGUCGAGGGCGCUCAGCGGCACCACCAUUAAUCCGAGCCUGGCCGGCCUUACAGAGGAGGAUGACGAGGACCGCGUGGACGCCAGAAAUGCUGCGAGCCGGUUGGCAACGAGCACAUUCUAA